GGGUCUCUUAGAAGGUGAAGGGGACAAAGACAAGGAGGGUGCUCCCUCAGGGGAAGGCCUGGGGCCUGCAGCAGCACGGGGCUAAGCGGGUGUACUUCUCCCACAGGGAAGUCUUCUCCUUCGGAGAGACUGUGGAGGGGCCGAUGGGGCUCCGCCCAGGAGCUGUCCCCAUGACUGAGGCUGCAGAGAACCGAGCAAGAAGCGGCCAGGCCGGGGAAAGGCUCAGCACUGGGCGGCCGCGCAGGGUCGGCCUCCCCACAUGGGGACCGGCGCCUGACCUCUUGUCUUCCGCUGAGGGAGAGAACUGAAGAGAAAACAAGGGCCCCUCUCCUCCUCGCCCCUCUCUCACCUCCGUUUCUCACUCUCAGACUCCCAUCUCCUCCCGCCUGGUCUCCCGGUAACAGCCGCUGGGUCCAGCCCCGCGCAUGGCUGAUGGGGCGCGGGGUGCGGGGAAGCGCACGGGUUUCCCGGCCACAGUGGCCGGCGGAAUGGCUUCCCUGCAGAGGGCCCCGAGCCCCGGAGGGCCCCCUCGGCGGCGACGCUGACCCGCAUGAGCGUCCCUGCUCCGCAGGAGGGUCCCGCGCGGCGAUCUGGCCCGCACGGCCCGGGGCGGGGCGGCGGGGACCCGCGGACGCGGAGCCCCGGGCAGCGGGCCCUGAGCGCCGGCGGCAUGGCCGCGAGGGCGGCCCCGGGCCUGGAGCGGCCCCCGCAGCACGAGCAGAUCUCCCACACAAAGCUUUCUGAGGAUGAUGAGUGGAACCUGCAGCAGGAGAGGACGUACGAGAUGCACCGGGGACACGAGGCCAUGCACGUGGAGAUGAUCUGGGUCUUCCUCUGCGCCCUGGUCGUUGCCCAGGUAGCGCUGGCGCAGUGGAGACAGAGGCACGGCCGCUCCUACAACCUGGUGACCCUGUUGCAGAUGUGGGUUGUCCCUUUGUAUUUCACGAUAAAACUUUACUGGUGGCGAUUUCUCUCUGUGUGGGGGAUGUUCUCAGUUAUUACCAGCUACAUCCUCUUCAGAGCUACCCGAAAACCCCUUUCAGGGAGAACACCACGAUUGGUUUACAAAUGGUUUCUUCUAAUCUACAAACUCAGCUAUGCAUUUGGUGUUGUGGGUUAUUUGGCUAUCAUAUUUACAAUGUGUGGAUUCCAUUUAUUUUUCAGAAUCAAAGCUAGAGAUUCCAUGGAUUUGGGCAUCGUGUCCUUGUUUUACGGCCUCUACUAUGGGGUAAUGGGGAGAGACUUCGCAGAGAUCUGUUCGGACUACAUGGCUUCUACUCUAGGGGUGGGGUCACUUCCAUCACAUCGUCAUGAAGUAGACCUUGCCCUUCAAUAUCCAGAAGCUUCCCUAACAAGAUCCCGAAGCUUCCAUGAAUUCUGCAUCCGAGGUUGGUGUAUUGUUGGUAAAAAGCAGACGUGCCCUUACUGCAAAGAGAAGGUCGAUUUGAAGAGGAUGAUCAAUAACCCCUGGGAGCGCACACACUUUUUAUACGGACAGAUCCUGGACUGGCUUCGUUAUCUGGUGGCCUGGCAACCUGUGAGAUCCCAAGAAUUUAGAGAACUGAAUAAAAACUGGCCCUGGGUCUGUGUGGAAAGAAUUUAACCAGAAGCUGAGCAAUGCAUCUUUCUGAUCACAACCAUUUUCUCAUCCGCGCUUGUGGCACAUUUGGUACCACUCACCGUGGACAUCCCAUCCCGAGUUUGGCUUACAGUGGUCUCACCUGGGAUGGGUUUCAGAGGUCUGCAGAGUGCUUCUCACAUACGAUUUUACUGAGUUAUAACAAAUGCCGUCUUAUCAGUUCAACAUCUUCAAAGAAGUAGACUCAUUAAAUCUUUGGUUUAAGGACACGGUCUUUUCUGUUCUCUGUGCUCGUUAUCCCGAGCCCUCAAAACCUCUAGCACCGGCUGCUGCCGUCCACACGAUGGGCCAGGGCCGCGCGGGGGCCCCUGGGGCUGCCGCGCACUCAGCCCACCCACGGGUGACUGGGGAGCGCAUCCCUCUCUCCUUCUGGGCCGCUCCGUUCACACUUAAACCCACACACACUCUUUCCACGGCCAUACUGUUUCCAUUUCCGUCCCAGCCCUUUUCAACACCUGGAGUCACAUCCUAGACUCAUUUGUCUACUGUCUGUCUUCCUCUCCAUGAAGACAGAGGACUGUAUGUUUUGCUCCCUACUAUCUUUGCAGUGCUUGGGCAGCACCGGACACAUAAGAGGCACCAAUAAAUACCUGCUGAACAAAUGAACCAAUCCAACAAGAAAGAAAAAAUUAACAGAACUGAGAAGACAAGUCAGAACAAACUAACCUAAGAACGGCACUACCAUGUUGAACUCCGUCAAAUUAAUUCAUUUUAAAUUACUGGUCAUUUACUAAAUAGUCACCACUAUAUGUCACACCAGACAUCUGCAACACUUGAAGAUAUUACACUUGAAUGAAGUAAAAAGGAAACGCAUCUAUCGCCAUAACACUGGCAACACAUUGCUGCAACAUAGGUGACCGAAUUAUCCUACUGAGUGAAGGAAAUCAGAAAGACAAAUAUCCUAUGAUGUCACUUAUAUGUGGAAUCUAAAAUAUGACACAAAUGAACUGAUCUAUGAAACAGACUCGCAGACACGGAGAACAGACUUGGAGUUGCCAGUGGGGAGGGGGGCCAGGUAACUGCUGGAUUGGGAGUUUGAGAUUAGCAGAUGCAGACUAUUAUAUAUAGAAAGGAUAAACAGCAAGGUCCUACUGUAUAGCACAGGGAACUAUAUUCACUAUUCUGUGAUAAGUCAUAAUGGAAAAGAAUAUCAAAAAGAUACAUAUAUGUAUAACUGAAUCACUUUGCUGUGCAGCAGAAAUUAACACUAUAAAUCAAUUAUACUUAAUAAAAUUUUAAACAAUUUUGGCAGUGUGCUUUAUACAAAAUUCCUUCAUAGUUAUAAUGAUGAGAUCUCACAUUAAGAUGGUUUUUUGGCUGUGCCAGGUCUCCAGUGCAAUGCAUAGGCUUUCUCUAGUUGCAGGGCGGAAGCUUAGUUGCUCCAAGGCAUAUGGGAUCUUAAUUCCCCCACCAGGAAUCAAACCUACAUCCCUUGCAUUGGAAGGUGGAUUCUACACCACAGGAGCCCCAAGGAAGUCCCUCACAUUAAGAUUUCUACCUGUUGGUAAUUUUCCUUCUUGAAACUACUCAAUGCUUCAGUAUCACAACCGGCUCAUCUUCCAGAUCAUUAGAAGAUUUAACUCUAGUUUAUCUCCCUACUCAGCAGACAUUUCAACAAUUCCAUAUAUAUUACAUACCAGCCAUGUGCAAGGUUAAAGAGAUGAAACAAGAUUCUUGAACUGGGUACCACCUUGCAGUUGGAUAAACACCAACGAAAACUUAGUUUCUCUUCUGUACAAGAGUCCUUAAAUGACCUCUGUUGUAUUUGACCUCUGAUGUAUUCGACCUCUGGGGUAUUGGCCACUUAUUUUUUAUGGAGAGCUGCAUGAUGACCCUUUAGAACUCUGAGCAAGCAAACCAAUAGAUGUCUGCAUGGAAUUGUGACUGAACUUCAGAGCUUAGAAAUGUUAGAUAAUUACCAAACGAUAUCAAGAAAAAAAAAAAACAAAGAUGCUAUUUUCUUUAUACAGUUUAAGCAUGUAAAAUCUAAUCUCAGUUUUAUGAAGUAAUAUGUAUAUACACAUUGAAAAAAUUAUGGAGAGCACUAACCUAUCCAGUUACCAGUGGUUAGCUCAAGGUGAAGGGAUAAGAGCUGACUCUUUCUUUUUUAUGCUGUAGUUUCUUUUCCUAAAUUUCUACAGUUUAACAUUUGUAAUGAGAAAAAUAAAGAUUCUUU